AUGGGGCCCCCAGUAAGUUCACACAUGGAAGGCUGGGCCCCACUGAGUUUUCUCCCUCCAUUCCCCUUCCCAGGAGUCCUGGCUGUCACCGGGGGGCAGUGGGCCAUGCCUGGGGCAGUGAAAGGCCCCAGCUGGAAGCAGGCAGAAGACAUUAGGGACAUUUACGACUUCCGUGAUGUUCUGGGAACGGGGGCCUUCUCAGAGGUGAUCCUGGCAGAAGAUAAGAGGACUCAGAAGCUGGUGGCCAUCAAAUGCAUCGCCAAGAAGGCUCUGGAGGGGAAGGAGGGCAGCAUGGAGAAUGAGAUCGCUGUCCUGCACAAGAUCAAGCACCCCAACAUUGUAGCCCUGGAUGACAUCUAUGAGAGUGGGGGCCACCUCUACCUCAUCAUGCAGCUGGUGUCGGGCGGGGAGCUGUUUGACCGCAUUGUGGAAAAAGGCUUCUACACAGAGCGGGACGCCAGCCGCCUCAUCUUCCAGGUGCUGGAUGCUGUCAAGUACCUGCACGACCUGGGCAUUGUACACCGGGACCUCAAGCCAGAGAAUCUCCUCUACUACAGCCUGGAUGAAGACUCCAAGAUCAUGAUCUCCGACUUUGGCCUCUCCAAGAUGGAGGACCCCGGGAGUGUGCUCUCCACGGCCUGUGGGACCCCAGGAUACGUGGCCCCUGAGGUCCUGGCCCAGCAGCCCUACAGCAAGGCAGUGGAUUGCUGGUCCAUUGGUGUCAUCGCCUACAUCCUGCUCUGCGGUUACCCUCCCUUCUAUGACGAGAAUGAUGCCAAACUCUUUGAACAGAUAUUGAAGGCCGAGUACGAGUUUGACUCUCCUUACUGGGACGACAUCUCUGACUCUGCUAAAGACUUCAUCCGGCACUUGAUGGAGAAGGAUCCAGAGAAGAGGUUCACCUGUGAGCAGGCCUUGCAGCACCCAUGGAUUGCAGGAGAUACGGCUCUAGAUAAGAAUAUUCACCAGUCAGUGAGUGAGCAGAUCAAGAAGAACUUUGCCAAGAGCAAGUGGAAGGGCCAGCGGCUGGUUGCUGCUGUCGAGACUGCUUCGUGGAGCCAGGCCCAGAGCUGUCCCCCUCACUGCCCUCUCAGCUCUAGGGCCCUGGAUCCAGGCUCAGGAUCCCUUGCGUGAGAGGGGUUGGGGGCAGCCUGCUCCCCUUCCCUCCCUGAACUGGGAAGUUACCCUGCCCCACCCAUUUCCCUACCACUCCACUGCAUUUUCCAUACAAAUGUUUCUAUUUUAUUGUUUCUUUCUUGUAAUAAAGGGAAGAGAAUAAAACCA